AUGGGGAGAGCCAAAGGAGAAGCAACCAGAACCAAAUCUCGCCCAUCUAGCAGCAGCUUGGCUGCUUCUCUAGUGCCAUCGGGUGCUACGGCGGUGGGUUUUGGAGGUUACCUGGGAGGUUCCCGAGUGAGCUCUUCACUCGCUUCAACCUCUGAUAUUUCUUCUUUUACGGAUAUUGAUGGUGAAGUGGUGCAGCACUUGAAGCGGCUGUCGCGCAAAGACCCCACCACCAAGCUUAAAGCUUUGGCAGCGCUCUCUGGAAUUAUCAACCAGAAAACAGCAAAAGAAAUAGUAACCAUCAUCCCACAGUGGGCAUUUGAGUACAAGAAGCUGCUGCUGGAUUACAAUAGAGAAGUCCGACGAGCAACACAUGACACCAUGAUUCAUGUCGUUAGUGCUGUAGGAAGGGACUUGGCUCCACAUCUAAAACUUCUGAUAGGACCCUGGUGGUGUUCUCAAUUUGAUUCAAUAUUUGAAGUUUCUCAAGCUGCUAAACGGUCAUUCCAGGUUGCUUUUCCGGUUCAAGAUAGAAGAGUAGAUGCGUUAAUGUUGUACUCGAAUGAAGUUUUUUCAUAUAUUGAAGAAAACCUGAAGCUUACCCCUCAGAGUUUAUCAGAUAUAGCAACUGCAUCUGAUGAAAUGGAGGAAAUGCAUCAAGAGGUGCUUUCUUCGUCAUUAUUGGCGCUGGCAGCAGUUCUUGAUGCUUUCUUCCCCUGGCAUUCUGAGAGGUCUGCACUAGAAAAUAUGAGUGGUGAGCCAAAGACUGCUAUGAAAGCGAGGACCCUUGCUGUUUCUACUGUCGGAAAGUUAUUCUCGAGUCAUAGACAUUUUCAAGAUUUUCUGAAGUCACAAAGACCAGCUAUUCGUUCAGCAGCAUAUUCAGUACUGAGAAGUUGUAUAAAAAACAUUCCCCAUGCUAUCAGUGAAGGAGAUGUGAAAGUUCUUGCUGGAACAAUUCUUGGUUCUUUCCAGGAAAAUAACCCAGCUUGCCAUGCAUCUAUGUGGGAUGCUUUGCUGCUUUUUACUAAAACCUUUCCCGACAGUUGGACUUGUGUGAAUGUCCAGAAAACCAUUCUGAGCCGCUUAUGGAAUUUUCUUAAGAAUGGAUGUUAUGGAUCUCAACAAAUGUCUUAUCCUGCACUAGUUUUAUUUUUAGAAGCAGUUCCGUCAAGAGCAAUCACUGGAAAUAAUUUGUUUCUUGAAUUUUUCGAAAGCCUCUGGGCUGGAAGAUACCUGUCCUAUUCAUCACAUGCUGAUCUGUCUUUAUUUUUCCAUGCACUGGAAGAAUGUCUUGUCUGGGUCUUGAGAAAUACUUCGAGAUAUUUUGCAGAUGUCGCAGCCAUGCACCAUUUCCAACACACCCUUGUCGGUGAGAUAAUGUUAGGGCUUAUUUGGCAUGAAUAUUUGAUGGCUUCAAGCUCUAAAUAUCAGGAUGGGACUUUUACUCAAGGUCAAUUAAAGAAUGGCAUUCAACCUGUCCAUAAGGAACAAAGAGAAGCAGUAAAUAGUAGGCAUCCAGUGGAUUAUGACGAAAUUGUUGGAAAAUGCAUCAUUAAGAUCCUCUCCGAGAUUCAUCACCUUGAUCAUGAUCUGCUCAUGAUUUUCUCUGUGAAAUUCCAAGCAGAUUGUCUGAGUAUGUUUCAGGAGACAGACAGUUCUUCUCGAGAUGUGGAUUGGGUGAUCAAAUUUUUUUUACUAUUGGAUAAACAUGCCCUGCAGGAAGGAGAAACUUGGCCCAUGAUUGACUUGGUGGGACCCACAUUGAGAACGACUUUCCCAUUAAUCAGGACACUGGACUCACCAGAUGCAGCUAGGCUUGUUGUAGUCGGAGCUUCGAUAUGUGGACCUCACAAAUUAACUCAGGAGCUUUUGGGCAUCGGCUUGGGUGUAGAGCAGUUUCUAAAAUCAUUUAAGGAAACAAUGAUCCCUUUAUGUUUGGAUCAAUCUAUCCCUUCUAGCGCUGCUAGAUUGGACCUCUUGCUUGCCUUACUUGAUGUGGAAUGCUUCUCCGAACAAUGGGAUGCCAUUAUUAAAUACAUAGUGAGGCCAGAAAAUGUGUGUUCGGAUCAUGGGAUGACAGACAAAAACCACAUAGCUCUCUUGGCUAUCCUGAUAGACAAAGUCAGGAAGAAAACUAAGAAAACUGAUGAUCAGUGUGAUGUAUAUAAAGACAACUAUCACCAUGAGUCUCUAGAUUUGGUUGCUGAGAAUGUUGUGCGGAUUUUACCCCCAUAUGAAAAUCUUGAAAGUCAAUUCCUAUGUGCUGUACUUGGGAGAGAAUCAGAAGAUGACAACAUUUCCUUCAUAUCGCGGAGCACAAUGGUUGUGAUAUUUGAGGAAAUUCUAAAAAGGCUACUGGCUUUCAUGAUGGAUUCUACGUUUUCUUGGGUUCAAAAUAUAUGCUGUUUGUUAUGCAGUGGGAUCAAUUAUUCUGGUGCGAGAUUGGAAUAUUCUAGUAAUCUGGUGGAGAUGACUCGAUUUGGUUUGGAUAUUCUCAAUGGUAGUCUCUUUUGUCUGAAUGCAAUUGAAGCUGAAAGUGAGCUAGUUCAAGGCAUAUUGGCAGCUGUAUUCAUAAUUGACUGGGAAUUCAACUGGAUUAAUGUUUCCACCGACAGGCUUGAUGAGCAAGUUGGAAAAUAUGAGUCUAGGCUGACCUUAUGUGAAGCCGUGCAUGCUUUGUGUAGGAAAAUCUGCAAUCAGUUCUUAAAAGAUUUUGGUGUAAAUGGACGAAAGCGAUUGGGAACCACUCUGAUUCAGUCAGUCAAAUCCAUUGCAUUCACUGAUAGCCAGUUUGAUUCAGAGAAUUUCAUAUCUUCCUGCUGCCAGUGGUCACUUGAUAUUUUUGACCUAUUCUGUCAAGACCAAGUUGAGGAACAAGAGCUGAUGGAGCAAUUUUUCAGUAAGAAUGAUGUGUGGCCUUCGUGGAUCAUGCCUGACCGUGAAGAAGCCAGAUUAAAAACGGAUAACCUUUCUGCAGUACCUAAAAACACGAAGUUCAUUGCUGUGGUGGACAAACUAAUUUCCAAAGUUGGAUUUGGUCGAGUUAUUGCUGGUGGUGUUUUGAAGGCAUCACCUUCAUCUAAAGAUCCUAUUACAGACUCGAGUGCCAGAUUUAAUUAUGCUCGGCCUUGGCUUGCCGGUGAAAUUUUAUGCACAUGGAAAUGGCUUGGUGGCAGUGUUCUGCACUCUUUUUUACCACCUUUGGUUGGUUAUACAAAAGGUGGGGAUUUUGGUCUUGCCGAUUCCAUUCUGAAUAUUUUGGUUGAUGGUGCUCUUAUCCAUGGAUCUGCAAGUGGAUUAAAUCUUUUAUGGCAUAGUUCAAUGGAGGAGUUAGAGGCUAUUGAAGAACCCUUUUUAAGAGGUCUUGUAUCGUUACUCAGUAUCUUUUUCCAAGAUAAUGUUUGGGGAUACAAAAAGGCCCAAUCACUCUUCAAAUUACUGCUCGACAAACUUUAUAUUGGUGAUAUUGCAAACGUAAAUUGUUUGAGGAUUCUUCCAGCGAUCAUGAACAUUCUUGUAAGACCCUUGAGCACUCAAAUUAAAGAUUGUAUGGAUGAUCAGUCUGAUCCUGACAGUGGAAGUGAAUUGCAUAGUGUAACGUUAGACUGGCUCAAGAAAAUUGUAUCUUUUCCUCCACUGAAUGCAUGGCAGGCUGGAGAAGAUAUGGAGCACUGGCUUGAGUUGGUUAUAUCCUGCUUUCCCUUAUCGUCCCAAAAGGUGCAAGGGAUAAGACCUCAGAGAGAUGUCUUGCCUACGGAGAGAGAAGCACUAUAUGAGUUGUUUCAGAAGCAGAGGCAGGCUUCAUCAGCUGUGAUAAAUAAGCUACCAGUGGUGCAGAGGCUUUUGUCACAGUUAAUGGUGAUUUCGGUAGCUUACUGCUGGGACUAUUUUGAUGAAAAUGAUUGGAAGUUCGUCUUGCAUCAGUUCAGAUUGUGGAUUGAGACAGCAGUUGUAAUGAUGGAAGAAAUUGUUGAACAUGUCAAUAACACUUUGACUGCUGGAUCUAAUGAUGCAAAUGCUUCAUUAGUUGAGCUUGAGAAUAUGGUUGUAACGACUGAUCCUUUUCCUAUAGAACUAGCCAAAAAUGCGCUUAUUGGGAUCUCUCUUUUUUGUUCACCCGACAGAUUGCAGGAGAAUGAACUUACUGAAAAUAUAAAUCCUUUAAGGAAUGAAAACUGGGAGUUCAUCAUGGAUCGUAUUUUUGAAGGCAUACUUCGUUUGUUUUUCUGCACUGGUGCUGCAGAAGCGAUAGCAAGUGUAAGUUGCAAUGAGGCUUCAUCUAUUAUUGCGUCAUCUCGGCUCAAUCACCACCAGUUCUGGGAGUUGGUCGGUUCAUGUGUAGUUCAGUCUAGUUCCCAAGCAAGAGGAAAGGCUGUUAAAUCAUUUGAGAUUUGGGGGCUAAGUAAAGGGGCCAUCAGCUCGCUGUAUGCUUUGUUGUUUUCCUGCAAAUCGCUUCCACCUCUGCAGUAUGCAGCUUUUGUACUUCUUUCUACUGAGCCUAUUGCACCAUCAGCUUUUGCAUGUGAUCCCGGAAAUCUAGGUACUUCUAAUAAAGAGGAGUCUCCCGAUUCCUCUUUAGAAGAAAAUGUUAUUUUGAGGGAAGAAAUUUCUUGCAAGCUAGAAAAAUUAUCUUAUGAGGUUCUCGAAAUGGAUUUAGUGGCACAUGACCGGGUCAAUGUAAUGGUUGCUUGGUGUUUACUGCUGUCGCAUAUAGCAUCCUUGCCACCUUCAUCAUCAGAAAGGGAGAGAUUUAUCCAAUAUGUGCAAGACUCUACAAAUUUGCCCAUAUUGGAUUGUGUUUUUCAACACAUCCCGUUGGAGCUAUACAUGGGUGCCAGCUCAAGGAAGAAAGACAUUGAACUUCUUGAAGUUGGGUCAAAAGCAGCAGAUUCUGCAAAGCAUGCUAUCGCAACAAGUUCAGUGUUGUUUUCGUUAGAGUUUCUUUGGCCAAUUAGUCCGGAGAGCAUGGCUUCGCUUGCAGGUGCAACGUUUGGUUUGAUGCUUCAUAAUCUUCCAGCCUAUGUCCGAGGGUGGUUUAGUGAUAUCCGGGAUCGUUCGGCGUCAUCUGCCAUUGAAUCAUUCACAAAAACAUGGUGUAGCCCGACAUUGAUAUCGAAUGAAUUAUUUCAGGUCAGAAAGGCUAAUUUUGCUGACGGCAAUUUUUCCGUUAGUGUCAGCAAAUCAGCUAAUGAGGUUGUGGCCACAUACACAAAGGAUGAAACGGGAAUGAACCUAUUAAUCCGCCUUCCUCCAGCUUAUCCUUUGCGGCCCGUGGAUGUUGAUUGUACACGGAGCCUUGGCAUUGCUGAAGUGAAGUGUCGAAAAUGGUUGAUGUCGCUGAUGUCAUUUGUUCGGAGUCAGAAUGGAGCAUUAGCCGAGGCAAUAAGGAUAUGGAAGAGCAAUUUCGACAAGGAAUUCGAAGGAGUCGAGGAGUGCCCCAUCUGUUACAGUGUUAUCCACACGGUGAAUCAUAGCCUGCCACGACUCGCGUGCAAGACGUGCAAGCAUAAAUUUCAUUCGGCUUGUCUCUACAAGUGGUUCUCAACAUCUCACAAGUCAACUUGUCCACUUUGCCAAUCUCCCUUCUGA